AUGAAAAAACCGUUCAGAUUCGUGAGGACCAACUUCACCAAGUCCACCGGCGCGGCGGUGAACCGAGUACCUGGUUCCUGCGCCGCCGCGCGCAGGGGGCGUCGUCCCCUGGAAGAGAAAGUUCGCGACGAGAUCCUCGUCACCCGCGCGUUCCACUCGGUCGCCGACGAUAAACAACGCCAGCCAGCCUCCUCCUCUCCGGACCUGCUCGACGUCCCCGACCUGCCGCGACCACCUGGCUUCACUUCCCGGCUUCACUUCAGGUCAGGGGGGAACGUAGCGGACGUUGCCGUGGGCUGCAUGGCCUUCUCCCACCCCCGCCCAUUCAUCAAACAAAGAGGGAGGAUGUUCCUGAUCACAGUUGACGAAGGCGCGACGAGCCGCCGCCGGCACAAGGUGGUGCUGCUGGGAGACAGCGGCGUGGGCAAGACCUGCCUGCUCACCAGGUUCAUGUACGACACCUUCGACGAGACGCACCACCCCACCGUCGGCAUCGACUUCGUGUCGCGCACCGUCUACCUGCGCGACGGGCCCACGCGACUGCAGGUGUGGGACACGGCGGGGCAGGAGCGCUUCCGCAGCCUGGUGCCGGCCUACGUGCGCGACUCGGGCGCCGCCGUGGUCGUGUACGACGUGGGCAGCCGCGACUCGUUCCUGCGCGCGCCCGCGUGGGCGGCGACGGCGCGCGACGGCGGCGUGGGGGCCUUGGCGCUGGCCGGCAACAAGGCGGACCUGGGGCGCCGCGAGGUGGCGGCGGAGGAGGGUCGCGAGGCGGCGGCACGCAUGGGCGCCUCGUUCCUCGAGACCAGCGCCCGCACGGGCCUCAACGUGCACGCGCUGUUCCGGCGCCUGGCGGAGCAGCUGUCCGGCGCCGGGGACAGCCGCCGCCCCCGUGGGCCGCCGCCGGCGAGGGAGACACACGUGGCGCUGGUGGAGGAGCGCGUCGGCGACCAGGCCGGCGGCUGCUCGUGCUGA